AAUCGAAUCGCUGGCCGAGUGGCGUGCGAAAUACUAAUUCUAGUCCAAGGUUCGCGAUCGAACCCUUGAAAAUAGGAAGAAUGUUUGGCACGCGAGUGGCUGUUCUCCUGGUGGCCUGUGUGUCCUUGGCCUCGGCAGGAACUCGGCAACUGUCUGUGGAUGUCCAGCCGCCGGCGACGCUCGCCACCGAGCUACAGGAUUACCGCCUGGCCGAGCACAUCACACCGGUUAACUACAACAUUACGCUGCGUCCCUAUUUGCUGGAGACCGAUGGCAACAAGAGGUUCACCUUCGAUGGCGAGGUCUUUAUCGAGGUGAUUUCCAACCAGACCACCAACGACAUCUAUCUGCACUCGAAAAACCUCACAUAUUCGGUCAGGGAGUGCUGGCAAAAGCCAACCACCGGAGGGGCCAAUCCUACGGUCAUCCAAUUUGGUGCCACCAAUACAACGAACUAUGAUACGGAUAUUGUGAAGCUGACGGCGUCAACUGCUUUGACCGCUAAUACGGCAUAUAUUCUGCAUUUCGUGUACACCGGUCUGAUGGAGGACGAUAUGCACGGUUUCUAUCGCAGUUCCUAUGUGGACGAUAACAAUGUUACCAAGUGGCUGGGAUCCACCCAGUUCCAGACCCAUCACGCUCGUCGCGCCUUCCCCAGCUUCGACGAGCCCCAGUUCAAGGCCACCUUCGAUGUCACGCUGAAGCGACACAGGACCUUCAACUCGGCCAGUAACACCCGUCUGAUUUCAUCGAAUCCCAGCACUGAAGAAGGAAUUUUCACGGACGUGUACAAGACGACGCCCAAAAUGUCCACCUAUCUGCUGGCUUUCAUCAUUUCCGAGUUUGUGGCCCGUAAGGAUGACGAUUUCGGAGUUUACGCACGUCCCGAGUACUAUACUCAGACCCAGUACCCCUACAAUGUGGGUAUCCAGAUUUUGGAGGAGAUGGGCAAGUACCUGGACAAGGACUACUACUCUAUGGGCAACGACAAGAUGGAUAUGGCCGCCAUUCCGGAUUUCUCGGCCGGAGCAAUGGAGAACUGGGGUCUGUUGACCUACAGGGAGCGUUCCCUGCUGGUGGACGAGUCUGCAACUACCUUGGCCUCCCGCCAGGCCAUUGCCGCCGUGGUGGCUCACGAACAGGCGCACAUGUGGUUCGGCGAUCUGGUCACCUGCAAGUGGUGGAGCUACACCUGGCUGAACGAGGGAUUCGCUCGCUACUUCCAAUACUUCGGCACCGCCAUGGUCGAGGACAAAUGGGAGCUGGAGAAGCAGUUUGUGGUUGACCAGGUGCAGUCGGUCAUGGCCAUGGACUCGACCAAUGCCACCAAUCCGCUGAGCGAUGAGAACACCUACACGCCCGCCCAUCUGAGCCGCAUGUUUAACAGCAUCUCCUACAACAAGGGAGCCACCUUCAUCCGUAUGAUCAAGCACACCAUGGGCGAGCAACAAUUCCAGAAGUCCCUGCAGGAAUACCUGAAGAAAUACGAGUAUCAGUCGUCUUUGCCUCAAUAUCUUUUGGGAGCCUGGCAAGCAAAUUGGCCAAACUCCAGCUACAAUGCCAGCUCCGAGGAUAUAUUCAAAAGCUUCACCGAGCAGGUGGGCUACCCACUAAUCAAUGUAACUGUUGGCAACGGUCAGGUCAGCUUCACGCAGAAGCGUUUCCUGCUGAAGGAGAACGAUGGAUCCGACUCAUCUUUGAAAUACUUUGUGCCCAUUUCCUACACUACCAGUGAGGUGAAUAACUUUUUGAACGCCACGCCAAAGUUUAUCCUGAAACCCGACGUAACCACGACGGUUCUAUUCAACGAAACACCAAAAUGGAUUGUGGUCAAUGUUCAAGGGACCGGAUAUUACCGUGCCACCUACUCCGACGCCAAUUGGCAUGCCAUCCACCAGGCUCUGAUCACAGCCAACUGGGGAGGAAUUCACGAGAACAAUCGCGCCCAGAUCGUGGAUGAUCUGUUCAAUCUGGCCAGGGCUGGAUAUGUUACUUACAACCUUACCCUGGAUGUGAUCGAGUAUUUGGAGACGGAGACCAACUACAUACCCUGGACAUCCGCCUUCAACGGCUUCAACUACUUGACCAUCCGCCUCGGAAACGACACGUCCGAUUUCAAUUACUAUAUCCAGACCCUGACCAACAAGGCCUACAAUCAGCUGGGCUUUAGUGAGGCAUCGAAUGAUACAGCCUUGGACAUUUACCUGCGCACCAAGAUCCUCUCCUGGGCCUGUCGCUAUGGCAGCUCCGAUUGCAUCAGCCAGGCUAAGGGCUACUUCCAAUCGCUGGCCACCGUGCCCAAGAACAUCCGCUCCACUGUCUACUGCGUGGGUCUGCGUGAAGGUGGUGAGGCCGAGUUCCAGGCUCUGUACAACAAGUUCAAGAACGAGACCGUGGCCACCGAGGAGACCCUGCUGCAGAACUCAUUCGGUUGCGUCAAGACCCAGUCUCUGAUCGAGAAGGUGUUCGAUUUGAUCAUCAGCGAUGAGAUUCGCCGACAGGACAAGUCCUCCGUGCUGGCCACUCUCUACACGGAGAACAACGAGAACGUCAGUCCGGUGUUUGCCCUGGUCACUCAGAAAUACGAGGCAUUGGCUGAGGCCAUGGGCGGCUAUUCCGCUGUGGCCACUGUGAUUUCCAACAUCGCCGCCCGUUUCACCACCAAUCAGCAGUUGACCGAUCUGGAGAACUUCAACAAGGCUAAUGGCACCAAGUUUGGCAGCUCGCAGGCUACUUUGACCGCCGCCGAGGCAACCGUUAAGGAGAACUUGCAGUGGGCUACGGCCAAGCUGGGCGUUUUCCGUAGCUAUCUGGCCAACUAUCGCAGUGGAAGCGCCAUGGUCAACGCUUUCAGUGCCCUCAGUCUUCUGAUGGUGGCCCUGGUCACCAUGCUGCGUAACUAAGCAGGGAUUAGCUCCUACCGGAGGCAGGUGCGAUCGGGUCACGGGUACUCCUUAGGCCAUAAAGUAUUUGUACGCAAGAGCACCCAAUAAAGUAACACCAUUUUGUAGAUAA